AUGGCCUGGUCUCCCCUCCGCAGCCUCAACGUAACCUUUGCCGACAUCGCCGCCGCCGUCCGCGACAACGACAAGCAGCGCGGGGAACCGGACCCCGCCGCGGCCUUUUCCUCGACGGACCCGGCCGACUGGCUCAUCCGCGCCAACCAGGGUCACAGCAUCGCCGUGGCCGCCGAGGGCCUCAACCAGCCCAUCACCCUCGAAAAGGGCAACGUGCCGGCCGUGGCCGUCCACGGCACCUACUUUGCCUUUUGGCCCGCUAUCCUGGAGAGCGGCGGCCUGCGCCCCAUGGGUAGGAACCAGGUCCACCUCGCCACGGGCGUGCCGGAGACGGCGAACCCCGACGCGCCGCGCGUGCUCUCGGGCAUGCGGAGGGACGCGGAGCUGCUCAUCUACGUGGAUGUCGAGAGGAGUUUGCGGGACGAUGCGAUGAAGUGGUGGAUGAGCGAGAACGGUGUCGUGUUGACGGAGGGCGACAAGGAUGGGUUGGUGCCUACGACGUAUUUUAAAGAGGUUGUGGGGCGGUCGAGGGAUGUGGGCGUGCUGUUCAAGGAUGGGUAUCAACUUGCGGAUUUGCCGCCGGGGACUAAGGCGGGGCCGUUGGUCAAUCGUGUAUAG